AUGGCCAACAAGCUGUCCAACUUUGGCAAAACCCUUCUGCGUCGCCGGGCAUUAGUCACCUCUGUUGAAGAGUCCCCAUUCGCCCGCUGUCUGUCCACGCUGGACCUCAUCGCCUUGGGGGUUGGAGCCACACUUGGCGCUGGUGUCUAUGUCCUUGCUGGCGAGGUUGCCCGGGAAAAGGCAGGGCCAGCAAUUGUCCUCUGCUUUCUCAUCGCUGCUCUGUCCUCCAUGCUGGCAGGGCUCUGCUACGCUGAAUUCGGCGCCCGCGUCCCUAAAACGGGCUCUGCAUACCUGUACAGCUAUGUGACAGUUGGAGAAAUCUGGGCCUUCAUUACAGGAUGGAACCUCAUACUCUCUUAUGUGAUAGGUACAGCCAGUGUGGCCAGGGCGUGGAGCUCCACUUUUGACAACCUGGUUGAACAAAAGAUCUCUGGCUUCUUUAAAGCCUCCAUGUCAAUGAAGGUGCCAGGGCAGGUGCUAGCGGAGUACCCCGACCUGUUUGCACUCGUCCUCAUCCUGCUGCUCACUGGACUUCUGGCCUUUGGCGUGAGCGAGUCGGCAUUAGUGAAUAAAAUCUUCACAGGCAUCAAUCUGGUAGUCCUUGGCUUUGUUAUCAUCUCUGGCUUUGUUAAGGGGGAUUCAGCCAACUGGAAUCUGACAGAGGAAGACUACGUACGCUUCAUCAACCAGACCAACGGCACCAAUACUUUAAAAGUUGCAGAGGAAUUUGGUGAGGGUGGAUUUGCUCCAUUUGGCUUCAAUGGAGUCCUGGCUGGUGCUGCCACCUGCUUCUACGCCUUUGUGGGCUUUGACUGCAUCGCCACAACAAGUGAAGAAGCAAAGAACCCCAUGCGCUCCAUACCUAUUGGUAUUGUGGCCUCACUGCUGAUCUGUUUUUUUGCCUACUUUGGUGUGUCUGCCGCUCUGACCUUGAUGAUGCCGUACUAUCAGUUGAACACCCAAAGUCCUCUGCCUGAGGCCUUCACCUACGUCGGCUGGGCCCCUGCCAGAUACAUUGUGGCUGUGGGCUCCCUCUGCGCUCUGUCCACCAGUCUCCUAGGCUCUAUGUUCCCCAUGCCCCGUGUCAUCUACGCCAUGGCGGAGGACGGACUGCUGUUUCGUGUUCUGUCCAGGAUUAACUCUCGCACAAAGACUCCUCUCAUGGCGACCAUUGCUUCUGGCAUUGUCGCAGCCCUGAUGGCUUUCCUGUUUGACCUGGCAGCUCUGGUUGACCUCAUGUCCAUUGGAACUCUGUUGGCAUACUCUUUAGUGGCCAUCUGUGUCCUCAUCCUCAGGUACCAACCAGGCAGCCUGAAUACAUCCAGCCAGACUGAGAAGCUGGUGGAGCUGGUGCAAGGGGAAAAGGUGGCUGUAAGCGGAGGGGACAGCGGUGACGAGUACGGAAUGGAGACGGAGGAUAGCCCGCUUCAAGAGACAUUCACCUUCAAGCUGCUCUUCUUCCCAAGUCGAAAGAACCCGACACAGAUCUCUGGGAACAUUGUUUACGCUACCACUGCUAUUAUUUCCAUUCUUAUCACUAUAUUGUGCAUCGUCCUGGUCCAAUGUCUCUCAGAGCUGAUGGCCGGGCAUGCAGGAGCUGUUGUGUCCUGUGUCAUUUUGACUCUGCUCUGUGGUGUUUGUGUCAUCAUCAUCUGCAGGCAGCCUGAAAGCAAAGAGGCUCUCACCUUCAAGGUUCCUCUGCUUCCCUGGUUGCCCCUGUUCAGUGUUUUCGUCAACAUCUACCUCAUGAUGCAGCUGGACCUGGGUACAUGGAUCCGCUUCACUGUCUGGAUGAUUAUCGGCUUCUGCAUCUACUUCUUCUAUGGUAUUCAGAACAGCAGUGAAGCCACCAACAAGUCAUCCCCACGUAAAUACGAGCCCACGCUGCAAACCAAGAGCCCGAUUUACCACGGCGCUCCAGAUGACAGUGAUGUGGAGGCAGGCAGCCCCUGAUACAGACUGCCAUAGACCUGGGGAGUGUUACAGAGCAGCUACACUCAUUUUGGCUGUCUGGUUGGACUGGCAGCCAGAUGCUGCAGUAAAGGCAGCCUGCAACGCAGCCCUGGGUUUAAAGGCAGAAGAGGCAAGAAGAUGCCACACACAUCUUACCUCUAACUUGGUGGCUGAAUAACUUUAUGGCUAGACACUGUGACAGAGCCACUUUCUCUUUUGUCCAUGUGUCUGUUUUAAUCUGUCUGUUUGUACUUAGCCUUAGCCCACUGGGGAUCUACCUAUAACACAUGCUUUGAAUGGACCCUAACUAACAAAGAGUACUUUGGUUCUCCUCAUGAAGUUCUGCUUUCAUUAUCUGAAGGCGAUAACAGGGAGAAUGUUACACUUAAUUGUAUUUGUCUUUGCUUCCUCUCUGUAAGUGCGCUGUAGCUGUGCGUGGAGUCACCUGUCCUGAGGCGGUGAACUCAAAUAACUAUGUAGAUCACUAAAAAGAAAUUGUGACCUGAGCCAGUAAGUUUACAAUCGGCAAGAUGCUUGGACCUAGACUUUAAACUGUAUGAGACACAUGAGUAGCUUCCAGUAGGGUCAACAUUGUAUAUUGCAGCAGUCUGUCUGUGAUUGUGUAUGCAGGGUAGCACUGAAGCCGCGUUGUUUACAGUGUCGAUGAGGGCCUCAGUGCACACAGGUCAGUAGCACAUGGUCGACGUUGUCAACACUGUGCGGUUCAUUGUCCAAGGCUGAAGUUCAGGCUUUACAGAAUUAAUGAAUUUUGAACACACUAUCGCCUUUGUGCCACCAUGCUCCCAUAGAACAGCCACACAGAAUGUGUACGCAGCACCAGGUUGAAAUGACUGUACUAAAAUAGUAUUUGCAGGCUGAACUAGAUAUCUGAAAAGGUUUGGAAUAGGCUUUAAACAGCCCGAAGUGCGACUAGUGCAGGCUCUUAGAAAUCCAGAAAAGUAACAACAGCAGCUCUAAGAUUGAAUCUGUCUUAGGUCUGGUAUUUACUCGAGUAAAACGUACACUUUCAUACACUUCUAUUUCUAUUUUAAAAUAAUCCAUCCAGUCUGCACGUCUGUGUCAGGUGCUUUGCACAGCUGUACCUGAUGUGUUUUACAGAUGAGGAGGCAUCUUCACCUUGUUUUGACUUUCUUGGUUUCACAAAGGUUUUUCUUCAGUUUCAAUUGAAACUUAAUCUUGGCAGCUUUUCUAAGCUCCGGUCACUUGUAUUUUAUUCAACUUGAUUUUAUUUUGACUUCUUUAUUUACUUGUUCUGAUCCGCUGUUAAUAUUUAAAUGUGUAUAGUGUUUGUUUUGGGAUAGCUUUCAUUUUUCAUUUGACCUUUUCCUACAAAUCUCAGUUAAUUCAUAUGCCUCUAGAUGUAUUUGAAUUGUUACAUGUACAGUUUUUAGUGUGCUCAUCUGUUUGGUAAGGAUGUAUUUCCUUUUUGUUGUCGUCUCACAGCACCAAAUGAUCGAAUUGUGAUCUUUUCUGACCAAAUGAACAUGUUUUUGGAAACCGAGGUUUCUGAAACAAAGAAUGACCGCUCAAAGUUGGUCUCUAAAUUGUGUAAUUUAAACUUUUUAGCCCAAUCCUCUGGAGUCAAUCUAACUUAUUGUUAAUAGCAUUUGAAUAGAGUUUUUGUUUUUCUAGUGAAGUGCUGUUGAAUGUACAGUAUUUGUCUAAAACUACCUUUAUUUGUAUAAUGCUGUAAGUUACACAAAUGUGCAUUCUUUAAAAUAUGACUAAGUAUAAUUUGUUAAGAGAUGUUUUUUGUAAUUUACACUUGAAGGCAUUUCAUCACACUUGAUGCUGCUGAAAUUCAAAUCUACAAAUCCCCAGCCCCCUUUCAGACAGAGUGGUCCUGGUGGAUGCAGUAUUGAAUAUGUCCCAAAAUAUUCUCACUUCUGCAUAUGAAAUGCUCCCCUCCUUUAGACAUGUCAGAUUGACAUAUCUCCCAAAAUAUUUGUACACACAGGAGGGUGCAGUCAGGGUAGAUUAGGAUUCUGCCAGUGUUUCUAGAUGUCAAUCAGUUAUCUGGUGCCUGAAGAAGCAUCCGUCUGCCCAAUGAAGACACCAAGGCAUGAGUAAGACGUCCUGCUGUCUGUUCACAUCCACAGUCAUGGGCCAGACAUGACUUGAGACUUUCACUGGAGAUUAACACUCAGAUGCUUCAUUGCUGCUCUGCCAGUGAUGAAGUCCAGGCAGCAUGAAUCGAUCAUUAAAUGAAGGUCAUGUGGUGUGGCCCAGUCCUUGUGCCUUUCCAAAAUGAAUAUAUCAUCUCCCUUUCAGUGCUAUCUCACAAUUAGCAAUGAACUAUUUUGUCUUUCUGUUUUUUACCCAGUACAUAUGGCUGAUGUAUAAAACUAGCUGUAUUUUCAAUGUUUUGUUUUUGAUAAUAAAACCAUCAUUCUUGCUUAUGGCAGAUACAAA